GCUGAAAGUCUCCUCAGCCGUCUUAUGGAACGCAUUGCCGCGGGAAUCGAGCCACCAGGCUAUCCCACCUCACCGUCUCCCUCCUAUCACACUGAGGGUUAUCCUGCCGGUGGUUCGUCUUACAACUCUCAAACCCUCGGCCGAUCGUCUGACCCGCAGUACUCCCGCUCUCGCCAGAUUCAGAUCACCUCCCAUGCAGGUCUCUUGGUGGUCGUGUUAGACUGUGUGGGACUGCUUACUCGUCGCUUUCCCCACCUCUCCAAGGCCACUCUGGACUGCCUUUCGGAUUUCUUACUCAACCCAAGUCCCACUCUCAGCAAGCUCAAUCGCACAGCUGGGCGGGGUACAAUUGCCAGUCAUCGUUCUACCGCCUUGACCGGCCGUCGCGUUCCACGGCAGGGUUCUUCUACCACUUUGGAGCGUUCCAGUCGUGCCUCUCGGUCUCAACAACUUCUGGAUCGUAUUCGUGCUACCGCCAUCCACAGUCUUUGUCGGUAG